UGAGUGUAUCGCCGGCAAGCACGGGAGAGAGAAUACCUCCUCAAGUCACUCUGCGCUCAUCCACCAUCUCACCGUCGCCGCCUGAACGCUAGACAGUGUGGUAACGCUUCAAUCGCUUUCAACAAAUACCUUCCACCAUUCCAUAGGCUUGACAAGUCGUCACAAGUCUGUGCGUCUUCUGGCAAAUUUGCGCAUCGCUUGCCACACGACACUUGGACACACCAUGUCGCUCCCGUCGCGAGUGGUCCAAAAGGCAUGCAGAGCCACUUCUUCCACUGCUCCCCUUCGUCAAGCGGCAAGUCGUACGAGCUGUUCCAUCGCCACCAGAGGUUAUGCUACUGCUUCGGCCCCCAACCAAGCCAGCGUCGUGCCAAACGUUCAGCCAGAGGUUCGCGCAGGUAGAGGAAGUAUUCAACGUGCCAACAAAGAAUUCAGUGAGCUGCUCGCCACAGCGCAACCAGGCAGCAGCGCCAAGCGACCCAUCUACCUGGAUGCACAAGCUACCACGCCAGUGGACCCCAGAGUUCUCGAUGCGAUGCUUCCCUACUUGACGAACCAAUACGGCAACCCUCAUUCGAGAACUCAUGCCUACGGCUGGGAAUCAGAGGCAGCCGUAGAGGAAGCCCGCGAACAUGUCGCCAAACUUAUUGGCGCAGAUAGCAAAGAGAUCAUCUUCACUUCUGGAGCCACCGAGAGCAACAAUAUGAGCUUGAAAGGAGUUGCUCAUUUUUAUGGCUCAAAGAAGAAGCACAUCAUCACUACUCAGACGGAGCACAAGUGCGUGUUGGACUCUGCUAGGAAAUUGCAGGAGGAAGGUUUCGAAGUCACCUACUUGCCAGUGCAGGAGGAUGGACUGAUCUCUUUGGAGCAAUUGGAGGCUGCUCUGCGACCCGAUACGGCCGUCGUCAGCAUCAUGGCAGUGAACAAUGAGAUCGGCGUGAUUCAGCCGCUGAAGGAAAUCGGCGCGCUUCUCAAGACAAAAGGAGCAGCCCUGGCUAAAGAGCAAGGACUCUCGGGCAAGCCGCUCUUCCACACUGAUGCAGCGCAGGCGGCAGGCAAGAUUGACCUGGAUGUCGACGCCCUCGGCAUAGAUCUGAUGAGCCUGUCUUCCCACAAGAUCUACGGACCAAAGGGCGUAGGCGCCUGUUACGUCCGAAGGCGGCCUCGUGUCAGACUUGAGCCCAUCAUCAGUGGUGGUGGACAGGAGAGAGGAUUGAGGAGCGGCACUCUGGCACCGCACCUCCUCGUUGGCUUCGGUGAGGCGGCCAGACUUGCCAAGCAAGAGAUGAAGUACGACCACGCCCAUAUUUCUGCUCUGGCGGAUUACCUGAAGAAGACGCUUAUGGACGCUAUCCCCUACGUGCUCGUCAAUGGAUCUGCAGACCAAUCUAAGCACUACCCAGGCUGCACAAAUCUUUCGUUCCAGUAUGUUGAGGGGGAGUCGCUGCUCAUGGCGCUCAAGGAUAUCUGCCUCUCUUCUGGAUCCGCCUGCACGAGCGCAUCUUUGGAACCCAGCUACGUUCUUAGAGCGCUUGGUCUGGACGACGAGAACGCGCACUCCAGUCUCAGAUUCGGCAUUGGUAGAUUCACCACCCAAGCAGAAGUUGACUACGUGGCUGAGAAGAUCAUCACGGUCGUCGAGAGGCUUCGUGAAAUGUCACCUCUGUAUGAAAUGGUGCAGGAGGGCAUUGACCUCAAGUCUAUCCAGUGGAGCGGCUAGACGUCUCGACUCGGCUGCACCUCGUGUGAUUCUUACGUGUCCUCUUGCUGCAUUCAACCCCUUCGAGCUUAGACUCUGCCAAUCGCGCGUCGUGUUUGAUUCGUUUGUGUCAGUCAGAGUGUGUGGGUUGGUGACAACGACAAGAAAUUGACGAGCGGUCUGAAGUUUGAGAUCAGGUA